AUGAGAAUUGCCUACCCGACCGUUCUCUUCGACAGCAACCUCACCGAUGGCCGCGACAUGGUGAGGUCCUUCCUGACCCUCGCCAUUGGCAACACUCAGGGUAUGGAAGAUGUCGAGUUCGGCAAGAUCUACGACUUCUAUUUGCCCCCGUCGUUCUUGCGAUUGCAGGACAGCCCAUCUGUGAACACGAUGUGGCGCAUCCUGGACAAGGGCGCCAGCAAUGGAGGCCUGGCGGCAGGUGCCAUGAAGCCCAAGCUUGGCAUGCAGCCAAAACCUUUCCGUGCGGCCUCCUAUGCGCUCUGGCAAGGUGGAACAUACACAACAGCCGACUUGCAGGGAAACCAGGCCCCCAGCCGGACGAGUGAGGGCAUUCCGGAGGUCGCGAAGGCCAUGAGGUCGUGCGCCCAAGGGACUGAUGUUGCUAAGAGGCUUUCGGGUGGCAACCGCGCAGAUGAGCCAAACGAGAUGGAGGCUCGUGGAAAGUACGUCCUAUCGCAGUUUGGACCUUUCUCCGGAAAUUGCGUUUCGUUGGUGGCAGGAUAUGCAGCGGGAGGCAGUGCCCAGCACACUUUCCCCAAGCAGUUCGUGCAUUACCAUCGUGCGGGACAAGCAUCCACAAGCAGCCCCCAGACCCAGCGCGGCUACUCUGCCUUUGUGCACACAAAGAUCUCCCAAGUCCUCAGCUCCACCAGCAUCCACGUCGACACCAUGAGCUCCGGCAAGACGCAAAGUGAAUCCCACGGCAAGAGUAUC